AUGAUGUCUGGAAGUGGCCAUGAUUUGAUGCGCGACGUUGACGUAAACAAGAUGGCGACCGACCGCGAGGAUUCAAAGAGCCCUUACAAUGUUCAGAGCAGCUCACCGGGCUCGCCCUACUGCACGGCACAGCGCUCCAUGGCGUCGGAGGGCAACUCCGAAAAGAAGAAUCGAGCCUCAGUGAUCGCAGGAGAUUUUAUCAAGGUAGAUACCGGGGUAUCAGAAGUUGAUGUGAAGGCUGAAGCGUCGGCUACGUCGAAGAUGCAGGGAGCUGCGACAUGCGUUCUGACGAACCACUGCAUCGGAAACCUUAUGGCUUGCGUCGUCGUAGUUGACGCAAUGUGCACUUGGAUCGACAUUGAUGCUCGUGCAGCCGGCAUAUCGACACCGACGUUCGCCGAAGUCUUUGCUGACACUGCUUUGGGCCUCUAUAGCCUCGAAAUCUUGCUGCGAUUCGUAGGCAAAGGUCUGAGGGGCAUGGUCUCAGACUGGAUUUCAGUUCUCGAUAUUGUUGUAGUUGUCUGCGGCUAUGCAGAGAUGAUGAUGAACGCAAUGGCUCCUGCUGAGAUAGUGGCAAAGCUGAGCGUCAUGCGCGCUCUACGCUUGGCGCGUAUCGUCCGCUUGCUGCAGUUUUUCAGGAGGAUCCGAUCCUUGCGGGAGCUUCAGAAGCUGGUGACGAUGAUGGCGACAUGCCUUCGAACUUUAGCUUGGUCGUUCCUACUCUGCUUCGUUAUCAUGACGAUAUGGGCCAUGUUGCUGGUCGAGAUAGUGUACCCUAUCGUACAGGACAUGAUGACAGAGGGUGAUGCAACAAUCCUGGAUUGUGCAUACUGUCAGAUCUCGACGAGCUCUGUCAUGGAGGCGACCUUGCUGCUCUUCAAGACCGUUAUCGCCGGAGACAGCUGGGGAAGGCUGGCCGUCCCGAUAAUUCAAAGGAGUCCAGGAACGGCCGUGAUUUUUGUCGGCUCACUGUUGUCCUUGGUCUUUGGCGUUUUGAACAUCAUCGUUGCUGUGGUUGUCGACACAUUUGCUGAAGCCAGACAGAAUGACAUCUUGAGCUUGGCAGAGGAAAUGGAACAGGACAUUGAGAAGGAUCGGGAAGCCCUGCAGAGGCUGUUUGCGAGGAUUGACGGAGACGGCAGUGGGGAGCUAACACUCCAGGAGUUGAUUCAGGGCGCUCGUCGUGACCCAGUCUUCCAAAGCAGGCUGCGAGUGAUGGACAUCGAUGAGAAUGACUUGCAACAGCUGUUCCGCAUGAUUGAUGUGGACGGAAGUGGCACCAUAGAGGUCGCAGAGUUCAUCGGGCCUUUGAGUCGUUGGGUUCAUGAUUCCAAGACGGCGCCUAGGUUCAUUAAGUAUAACAUGCUGCAGACGAUGCAGACGCAAGAAGACCUGUACAGCAUGUCCAAAGAUAUGUACAGCAUGUCCAAGACAUACUUUAGUCAUCUUUCAGAAAGAAUCGAUACGGUCGUGGCGAAGAUGAGCAUGCAAAACGCAAGGCCCAGCUUGGUGGUGCAAGGCCACUCUGAAGAACAGCAAAUUGAGCAGCCGAAUGCCACCAAAAAGCUGGAAACACUCUGCCAGGAACAUGUCUCUCCUACCCCGUCCGAAGCGACUACUUCCGAAGUUCCCACCCACGAGAGUCAGCAGAAGGCUGAGAUGUGGCAGAAAGCCUUGCAUAAGGAUGGCGCCGAAGUCGGGGCCUUGCUUGAAGCUCUCAUCGUGAAGGUUGAAACGGGGAUGAUAGAAAUGGAGAGCAGGUUGAAGCGCGCCAUGGCUAACCUUCCACCUGACGCUUCCACGUUGCAUGCAAGUAAAGAAACGACGCCUACAGGUUCGGCGGAAGUAAGGGGCCGUGCCGAUCUCUUCCGCUCCGUGUAUGGCGAUUCCAAGCGUCGGACAUCAAGGAGGGCUGUCGCCGCCUCAUCCACAUUCGGCCAGUUGGCAUAUGCUGAAGGCACGGCAUCACGAACCAUCAAAACUUCAGGCGAGUUUGCUUUGCCGGGCUUUCCGCGCUUCCUCACCCGUUAA